ACACACUAAAACCCACGCACGCACGCACGAGGAAACUGUUGUGUAGUGUAUAGAGGUUAGCUUCACCGCAGACCUAUUCUCAUCUGCAUGCGAGCUCAGAGACCUGUCUCUAACGAGGCGUUUAUUCAUAUUUAUUUAUUUUUUCCUGUCCCAUUCUACAGGAACGUACUGAUGUCGGUUUUGUCUCAUCGUUACCUGUCAUUUUCUUGAGAAACAAAAAGCGGCACUUGUUUAGAGUUGUCUCUCUCCAACUUUAUCUCAGGUCGAUCACAAGAAAUGGAAUGGAGUUUGCACGGAAAUAAAACUCCACUCUAACAUACAUGGGGGAGAAUGUAGACUUUAAGGCCCUGAGGGCCAAGUUUCAUGCUCAAGCAGAAAGAGCCGGGUCCAGUGGCGGAGCUUACUCCAGGCCUCUAGUCGCCGAGUCGUCGGACAAUGGACCGGUCCGGAACAAGAUUCCCCCCGCUACACCAAAACCAGUGUUUCCAGUUAUCCCCAGCACUGAACCCAAGAGAUUUAGUCAGAGUCCCCAAGGAGUGUUUCCCAAACCUCCACCCUCUCACCGUAAAGAGGAUCCUGUACCACCUGCCAAUGACUCUGAAAACGCAAGGAGAGUAAAAAUGACAGGAGAGCUUCUCCAGAACAGGAUGCUGCAACAUCUUGAUAAGAAGCCCCAGGCCGCUCCCAGAUCAGUACUGCCAAGUCAGAAGAGCUUUUCAGAUGUAGUUCCGCUGAGAAAACCAUUCCCUAAUGUCGGACAACGGCCUAUGAAGCCCAAACGACCUCCGUCUGUCAAUCUGGAUCGUUUUCGCGUCAAGGGUCCAGCUCUUCAGCCUCCGGUCCAUCUAGAUACCAAAGCACCUGAAGGGCCACCACGACCACCAAAAUCAACAUUCAUGUCUGCGACACCUCCCAUCACACACAGAAUCACCGAACCCGAACAGGACACGUACGAUGACAUCGAUUUGCCCCCACCUCCUCCUCCUCCUCCAAAACCAUCUUCCAGUGAAUCAUGGGCAAGCAGUUUCUCGUCUCAGGCUGAUGAGGACAGUGAUAAUAGUGAAAUUUACGAACAUGUGGAUCAGGAGUGUGCACCGCCUGUGGUUUUGGAGAAGAAAAAACAAAAAGAGUACAAACGACAACAUGAAGUGGAAAAGAAAGAGCAGAAGGAGAGGCUGAAAAAGGAAAACGAGUACCGAAAAAAAUUCAAACUGACUGGAGAAGUCGAGGUGCUCCACCUAGCUCGGGUGAGGGAGGACUGGCAAGGUGGGAAGAACGAUCUGCGCGUGAGGCAGGGAGAGGCCGUGGAGAUCGUGCGUGUGAAGAACAACCCCGAGGGAAGAUGGCUGGCUCGAAACAUGAGUGGGGAAUAUGGAUAUAUCAGUAACACGUGUGUAGAUGUGGACUAUGAGGAAAUAAAGCGAAAGAUUCUCAGCGAAGCCGCACCUCCUGCCCUUCCUCCUCCUGCCUUACUGGACGAGGAUGUCUACGACGAUGUCGGUGCAGACCCUCUGAACAGCAGCCUUAAUGUGAGCGGUGAGGUAUAUGAUGAUGUUGAUCAUGUCAUACCAGAUGACUUCCCCCUACCCCCUCCGGAGAUAUGCCAAGACCCUAGAAGAAGCAAGAAGCUCGAGAAGGAGGAAAAGGAGUUCAGAAAAAAGUUUAAGUUCGAAGGCCCCAUCCACGUGCUCUGCUGCAUGAUGGUGGACCCGAACGCCAACAUCAAGAAGGGCAGUGGGAAGGACCUGACUGUUGUGAAGGGAGAAAUUCUCGAAGUCAUUCAGCAGACUAAUGAGAAGAAAGUACUCUGUCGAAAUGAUCAGGGCAAAUAUGGAUAUGUUCCCAGACAUUACCUUCUACACGAGGAAAACGAAAUAUAUGACGAUAUUGACAACAUGACAGAUAUUUAUGAUAAUGAUGUGAGUGGUCCACCUCCACUGAGGUCUUAACCACCAUUAAUAACGCUAUGAUGGAGAAGACGGAUGAAAAAGAGGACCUGAUGAGACUCGUUCAUGCGUCUUGAGGGCACGGGGACAGGAAGGAGGAUGAGGAGGAUCCUUCAAGACAAUGUUGUACAUUGAAGAAAUAAAUAUGUGUUUUUUUAUGAAGUUGCGAUAUUUUACAUUAUUAACAUUUUGUAUUACAAAUACAAAUUAGCAAUCACUUAAUAACAACCAGACUGCAGACCAUGUGUUUCCAUAAACAAACCCUUGUUUUUUUUGUUUUAAAUGAUACUUUUUAGGUGAUAUAGCAGAUAUUAAUUAAUAGAACAAUAGAGUUUGAGUUUGAUUAAAUGUCUUAAGAAAUAAUAUUUCCUAUAAUUAUAUGUAUCACAGAUGACAGUCAGGAGUUUCUGAAGGCUUUGAAUUUCAGUUUUUAUCCCCAAUUGAAGAUAGAGCUCAAAAACAUAAAAACAGUCUCAGUAUUUUUGAGUGAUUCUCUUCCUCAAUAAAGUGUGUCAUCAGCA